UGUUCAAAGGCAGAAACCCCUGGUUGACGUUUGCUCUUGUCAAAGGCAGUCCAUGCUGCGGGCAGAGCAGAGUGAGACCAACACAGAGUGCUUCUGACGGUCCCCUUCAGAUAUACUAACAGAGAGCAAAAAUGUAAGGGAGCAACCACAGCAUCUAAAGGGAACUUUUCCAAACACGGAGGGAGGGGCAUGCUGGAAAGAGAAGAGCCUUAAUAUGUGUGAAUAAAGGGGUGAAUUGAGGAGUACCCCAUCUUUCAACCUGCUCUCUCACCUGAGAAGAUAGCACUGGAUGUUCCCAGCAGCCUUGCAAAGUUCAUGGGUUAAUGGAAACCUCUGCACUACCGCAUGUUUUUGCACAGAAUAGGAGGGAACACAGAUGACGGGAGAAUAGAAGGCUGCUGGUCUGCAAGGAGCAAUGUUUAGAGGAUGUGUCCUGGGCCAGAACCCAAAUGCGUGGCAGUAGUUUGCUGAGGCUCUGCUAGCAAGUGUGGGAAUGACUGUGAUGCCCUCUGUGCCAUUCUGGAUGACAAAAGAUUUAUGCCUGGGCCACUUGCAGGCAGCUGCCUAAAGCGCUGCAGGUCCAGGCAGAAAGCUACACCUUCAAGAAGCUUCCAUUGCUCUGCACCAUUCAGGAUUUGCCCCGUCUCUGUGAUGCAGCUCACCUGUCCAUCUUUAAUCCAUGAUAAGAAAUUUACUGGAGAGUAUCUGAAGAAAAGCUUCGUAUCAUUGCAAAAGGAGGUGUUUGUGCAGCUAGAAAUUAAAGCUUCGCAGCACAAUGUGAUGUCCUCCAGACAUGCUGUGAACCCAGCAGACACCUCCAGAGCAGCUGAGGACCAGCAACAGACCGACACAGCAGCACACGCUGUGCCAGCCCUCUUGCCGAAUGUGCUGCGGGCUUUCUGUAUUCAAGGGACGCACAAUACAGUUCAGCUGCCCGGGCUGAUGGAGCUGGGCACCCCAAACAGCAGGCAGCCUCCCGCAUUUCAGCCAGCCCCGGCUCCCGCAAAGCCAGCUCAGCGCUUUCUGCUCCAUGUCCGCGAGCGGUCCCCAGCCCGGGCCGGCAGCUGCAGCGCGGACGCGGCACCGCGCGAGAGCUGCUCCCCUGGGCUAGCCGUGUGCUGCUGGUAUCAGAGCCGUGGUGCGGACAACAGGUUACCUGGGCUCUGGAGCCAAGCUGGCUGCCACAACAGCCCAGCCGCGUCCGCAGAGUGCUGUGUUUGAGCUAAGUAGCUGCCCUGGACCUGAGCUGGCAGGCCUUCGCGCACCAGCCGGACAAGCUGCCCAGAGGUAGU